UAUUCAACGUUCUCAUUGCUCACUUCAUUUCAUUCAAAGCUUCCUAUUCUCUUUCCUUUGCCUUCCCUUCCCUUCCCUUCCUCUCUGUCAAAGACUCCUUUGGACAUGGACACCGAAACUUCACCAUUUGAGUCGAGCGACAUGCUCGCCGCAUUCCUGCUCUCCACGCCAUUGAUACCGGAAUCAUGGAGAUUGUGCAGCUUGGCCAACACCGCCGCGUCUGGAAGUUUUCUGACGGAGCAAAUCGGGGAUGCCGUGUACCUUGCCUUUUCCGGCAUCCAAAUGGCCGGCGGUUCGGGGCCGAGCUGGGGACAGUUGGUGCCCUUGGUUAGCGUCGGCGACGUCACUCUGUUUUCGUCGCAUCCGAGCAAGGAAGGCGAGGACAGCGUCAUGGUGCACAAGGGGAUGCUCAAUCUCUUCUGGUCAAUCUUCAAGCAGUUUCAAAAUCAGAUGAUGGCAAUCAUGGGGAAUCCCAAUACCAAGUCAAUCAUCAUCACUGGUCACUCUCUUGGAGGAGCCAUCGCCUCUCUUUGUACUAUUUGGCUUUUGUCUUACCUCCAAUCCAUCUCCUCCUCCAUGUCAGUCUUAUGCAUAACCUAUGGUUCCCCACUACUGGGUAACGAGUCUCUUUCCAAAGCCAUUCUCAAAGAAAGAUGGGGUGGCAACUUCUGUCACGUGGUAUCAAAGCAUGACAUUAUGCCUAGGCUGCUUUUUGCUCCUAUAAUCCCUCUCACUACUCAGAUAUAUUCCCUGCUUCAGUUUUGGCAAUUCUGCAUGACUUCUCCUCACUUGGGCAACUUUGGGGCUCAAAUCUCUGACCAAGAAAAAGCUGAUAUUUUCACAUUUGUAAUGGCUUACUUGGACAAUGCAGCAUCACAAGAUGGAGAAAGGACUUUGCCAGUCUUGUUUCACCCGUUUGGAAGCUACUUUUUUGUUUCUGACGAAGGAGCAGUGUGUGUGGAUGGAACAGCCACAGUCAUAAAGAUGAUGCAUCUGAUGUUGGCAACAAGUUCCCCAGCUUCUUGUAUCAAGGACCACUUGAAGUAUGGAGAUUAUGUAAAUAAACUGUCUCAGCAAUCGUUGAACCAGAGAAACUCCAUGCAGGUGAAUGUCCCUGACUCAAGCUAUGAAGCAGGGCUAGAAUUGGCCCUUCAAUCCUCUGGAAUUACAAGCCGGGAUCCAGCUGCUUCACCUUUCAGGCAAUGCCUAAGUUCGGCCAGAAGAAAGGGUCGUACACCAACUCUGAAUGCUGCUAACUUAGCUGUUACAUUGUCCAAGUUUGUACCAUACAGGGCUGAAAUAGAGUGGUACAAAGCAUGGUGUGAUAAGUCAGAUGAUGAACUGGGGUACUACGACUCCUUCAAGCGAAGGGGCUCCACAACCGCAAAAAGAGAUAUGAAAGUCAACAUGAACCGUCACAAACUAGCCAGGUUCUGGAACAACGUCAUUGAAAUGUUGGAAAACAAUGAACUGCCUCGUGAUUUUAACAAGCGAGCAAAAUGGGUCAAUGCCUCUCACUCCUACCAGCUCCUGGUAGAGCCAUUGGAUAUUGCAGAGUAUUACGGGAAGGAGAAGCACAAAACAAACGGCCAUUACCUAGAGCGUGGAAGAGAUAGGAGAUACAAGAUCUUUGAUAGGUGGUGGAUGGAAAAAGAGGCUACCAUGGAAGAAACUAAAGAGAGGACAAAAUUUGCGGGCUUGACUCAAGACUCGUGCUUUUGGGCAAAGGUUGAAGAAGCAAGGGACUGGUUGAGUAGAGUGAGAAGCGAACGGGACGUGAACAAACAGGUUUUGUUGUGGCAGAAUAUAGAGAAGUUUGAGAAGUAUGCAGUGGAACUUAUUGAAAGUAAGGCUGUAUCCGAGGACGUUCUAGCAAAGAACUCAAGUUACAGUUUAUGGGUAGAGGAAUUAAGAGAGGUGAGGGAGUUGAAUUCAAAGGUUCGGACAUUUCCUAAUACUUUUACUCGCUUUCUGGACGGAGAAGUCGUUCCUUAAUUUGUCACGUGGAAUUUGUAAUUUUAGUUAUGCGUAUGAUAGAACUGCUUGCUCUAAUUCAAGGCUUUUAUUUCAUGACU